AUGACAGACCUAAAUAGUCUUUCUGAUCGUCUUCUUUUUGGAAUUCCCAAAAAAGGUCGUCUUCAUGAAACUUGUCUCUCGCUCCUUAGUGGUGCAGACAUUAAUUUUAAUCGUCCUAAUAGACUUGACAUUGCCCUUGUUCGUAACCUUCCAAUCGCCCUUGUAUUUCUUCCCGCUUCUGAUAUUCCAAAAUAUGUUGCCGAUGGAAACGUUGAUCUAGGAAUUACUGGCCGUGAUGUGAUCUUAGAAGCUCAAGUUGAGGAUAGAAUUGAGCAACUUUUGGAAUUGGGUUUUGGAAAUUGUAAAUUACAAGUUCAAGUCCCAGUUAGAAGCAAUAUUAAAAAAGUUGAAGAUUUGGUUGGAAAAAGGAUUGUCACAAGUUAUGUAGUGUUAGCUGGCGCUUACUUUGAAGAAUUGGAUAAAAAAUAUUUGAGUGAUGAUCAAAAAAAAGAAGGAGUGAAGACAAAAAUUCAAUAUGUUGGUGGAAGUGUUGAGGCGGCUUGUGCUCUUGGUUUAGCUGAUGGAAUUGAAUCUGGUGAAACAAUGAGAGCGGCCGGUCUUCAUCCUCUUUCUACAGUUUGUAAUACACAAGCAAUUCUAAUUCGUAAUCACCACUCUCCUAAUUCUUCACUCAUUUCCAAGCUUACAUCUCGAAUCAAAGGUGUAAUAGCUGCUCAAAAAUAUGUAUUACUUAACUAUAAUAUUCAACGUACCUCUCUUAGCAAAGCUACUAAGAUUACUCCGGGUAGACAAGCCCCUACUGUUAGCCCUUUAGACGAUGAUAUGUGGGUUGAAGUGCAAAGUAUGGUGUGUAAAGAAGAGGUCGCGGACAUCAUGGAUCAAUUGGAAGAAAUUGGUGCUAAAGAUAUCUUG